AUGAGCGAACUACCGCACUACAAUGUGCGCCAGACUGCGUCUCACGCCAAAUCAAUAGGAAUCACGCAGCGCGCCACUCCUUUGCGAUUCCCAUGGGUGGGCGACCUGCGCGUGAGAUUCUCAGAUUUCCAGGUCAAUGAGAUUGGCAAAGACGGCGUUGUUGUUCAUCUGCGCAAAAUCGGACUAAAUGGCCAAAACAAACCGGUUGCGGAUGCCGCGCCAGUGAAGGAGACUGAUACUCCCAAAGAGCAACAAGACUCCACUAACGAGGGUGAUUCCAACGAGGUUAAAGAUGAACCUCAAGAGCAGGAGAUUGUUGAGAUCCCCGCGGAAGAUGUGACAGCUCUCACCAAUCUAGCAGGCGAAAAGUUUGCACAAGAGCUCGUAGACUUAUUCCGAGACGGUCAGGCCGCGCCUUUGGAGAGAAAGAAGCCCGUCGUGUCCGAGCCCAUGGACGACAAGUUCAAACGAGGCGAAAUCCAUCAAGAAAUCCGACGCAUCUUCAAUUAUAGGAUAGAGACCAGCACGGGCGAUGCCGGUGCUAUCGUCGCCAGCUUCGCGGCACCCACAAGAAGAGGCAAAAGAGGUCGGGGCGGCCGCAAUCGCAACCGGAACAAGCAAGAAGAUCAGCCAAUUGGCGAGUAUCUCCACUUUACUCUUUUCAAAGACAACCGCGAUACCAUGGAUGCCGUCAACCAGAUUGCACGCAUCUUGAAGGUGAAGCCUCAAGUCAUCAACUAUGCGGGCACCAAGGAUCGACGUGCAUCUACAGUCCAGCGCUGUUCCGUCCGAUACACGCGGGAUAGAAGCCUGGCGGGUAUCAAUGGAAAGCUCUGGGGCAUAACGACUGGCGAUUACGAGUACAAGACGGAUCCCAUCCACCUUGGACAGCUACUAGGCAAUGAGUUUGCCAUCACUAUCAAGAAUUGCCAGAUUCUCGGCGAGGACAGUGCCAAGCCUGUCCCUGAGCAGGCUGACCUAAUGCAUGCCAACGUGCAAUCUGCUUUGGACCACAUGACAGAGCACGGCUGGAUCAACUACUUUGGCCAUCAGCGAUUCGGCACCCACCAGAUCGGAACGCACGAGGUCGGAAAACUUAUUCUGGGGGAUAACUACGAAGGCGCCAUCAAUGCCAUUCUUGCAUACGACGAGGAAAUUGCUCAAAAGGCAGAAACAGAGGGGAUCCCCAACGAGCCGGCCAAGCGAGACGAAUACAACCGCCACCUUGCCUGCAUGCUGUUCAGGACCGAAAAGGACGUCGAAAAGGCCAUUGAGAUCAUGCCCAGGAGAUUCGCGGCCGAAGUCUGCGUCCUGCGCCACCUCAACAGACAAGGCAAGCAGUCCAGAAGAGACUUUGUCGGAGCCCUCAUCCACAUCACCAGAGGUCUGCGAUCAAUGUACCUCCACGCAUGCCAAUCCCACGUGUGGAACCACGCCGCGAGCAGGCGAUGGGAGCUCCAUGGCGAGAAAGUCAUCAAGGGCGACCUCGUCAUUGUCGAAACCGAAGCCACUCCCCAAGUCAGCGGCCAAGAUCAAGACGGCGACGACAUCAUCAAUCCCGUAAACCCCGUCGAGGAUGAUGACGAUAUUCCUCUCCAGGCCAGGCCUUUGACCGAGGAGGAGGCCGCCAGUGGGAAAUAUACAGUGUACGACAUUGUUCUCCCUACUCCCGGCUACGACGUCAUCUACCCAGAUAACGAGAUUGGCGAGUUCUACAAAGACUUCAUGGGCCGCGAGGAGAACGGCAGCCUGGAUCCCCACAAGAUGCGCCGCAUGCGCCGCGAAUUCAGCCUUCCGGGACGCUACCGCAAGCUGAUGAACAGGUUCCUCGCCAAGCCCAGCGUCGAGUUCAAGACGUACUCGGACGACGAAGAGCAGAUGCACCCCACCGAUUUGGAUCUCAUCAAAGCCGAUCGCAAAACCGGUACUCAUGCUAGUAAUAAUAAACGCUCCCGUGAGGACGGAGAUGACGCGAGGCCGAGCAAGGUGGCCAAGGUGGAAGGAGAAAACGAAGCGUCCAAUCAGACCUCACAGGAGGAGGGUGCUGCUGCCAGCGCCAAGGUUGAAGAAACAGAAACUACAAACGCACAAGAAUCCAUGGAGGUGGACAAGCCGCUCAAGAUCGCCGCAAUUGUCAAAUUCCAGCUCGGCAGAAGCGCCUACGCCACCGUCACGCUGCGGGAACUCAUGGGUGACCCCCCGGAGAGUAAUGCAUCCUAA